UCUGUUUACAGCUACGUGAAAGGCAUCUAUUCUUUCGGACUGAUGGAAACCAACUUCUAUGACCAGGCACUAAAGCUUGCCAAAGAGGCUUUGUCUGUUGAGCCAACAGAUGCAUGGUCAGUGCACACUGUUGCCCACGUACAUGAGAUGAGAGCUGAGAUCAAGGACGGCAUGGAGUUCAUGAAGAACACCGAAGGCCACUGGAAGGACUCGGAUAUGCUCGCUUGCCAUAAUUAUUGGCACUGGGCCCUGUACUUGAUUGAGAAGGGAGACUAUGAGGCUGCGCUAACCAUCUAUGACAGCCAUGUAAGUACACUCACGUUGUUUAUGGUUUGGUGCUGCAGUUGUCUUUUGUCUCUCCUAGCCUGUGGCCUGUGUGUGUGUCCCAGCCAGAGCUAAUGGUGGGAGCAUGGC